AUGCCGAGAAUAUACUACCCGUGGCCCAGCACCUCCCCUCCGGCCCCAAGCCCGCACACCCUCGUCUUCCGCAUCGGACGUAUAAGGUGGUGGGACUUUUGCCACGAGAACGGCUCCGUUAGGCAUUAUUCUUUUAGAACUUCGUCCGCCUCCGACUUCAAAGAGCACAAUGACAAAACCAUCCGACGAAUCAUUGAUUUAGGAGAUGUGGCUGGACUAUACAACCCCAAGACGAAGGUCUACAUCGAAUUCACUGGCACGGAUGGCGAUGAGACUGACGUCAGCCCCAUCAAAGAUCUUAGCGAAGAAGACGUGAUAUGGGAGACGGUAUAUGCUGGUGACGACGGGCCUCUGUGGACAUAUUCCUUCAGAAUGCUUUUUAGCGCUGCUCAAGCGGAUACACCUUCUAUUCCAUCUUUACUACAUGAUGACAUCAAAAAUGGAUACUAUCUACCGACUUGGAGGGAAAGCUUUUUGCGUAGCUGGAAAUGUUUCUGGUGCAUGGCCCCUAAAGUCCCUCAGGAAACCCCGGAUCAUAAGAAGAAAGACGAUUAG